AGAGAUGGAGAAACCACCUGAAUACGCACCACCUCCCAGCAGCUCUCUCGCGGAACCUCCUCCAGCGUACGAAGAUGCCUUCACGGAAGCGUCCAUCUCAGACGCAGACUCCUCACACAGUGCAGUGCUGCACAUAGGCAGCUUUCCCUCCCGCUUCAACUGGUAUUACAAAACUCGCCACUGGAAAAGCUACACAUACCAUCUCGGCGAGCACGCGAAACUUCCUCUGUUCGCACUUACUUUCGACGCAAGUUGGAGAGGUACCGCCAUGUCUCUUCACCGUGGAGUCGAUUCGGAGAAGACGUUGAUGGCGGAGGCGUUCUCGGAGAGCAAAGCGAGUCGCCAUUCGAUCAUUCUGCUUCCUUCGCCGCGGGAUGGAGAACAGGUGCGGGAGGAACUUCAUUGUAAUGUCCACUUGAGCGCUGUUACUUACUCUUUCUCGAUGCGAGUGCCCGGUCGACUUGGAGAGAAGCCUGUGGUGGAACAGUUUGAAUGGCGACAAAGCCAUGGUAGCGAGGUACGCAGUCUCGACAAGCACGGGUGGGGUUACAAGCUUGUUCGGCUACAGUCUUCCUCCGCCGUUGCGACACCACCGGACUCUGUCACGAAGAGUGCGGGCAAGAAGGCUGUUCGACAUGAUGGUUUGACGAGUGAUGGGAAAGAAGUCGUCGCCGUGUGGGCGGACAGCUCGGAGUGGAGUAAGAACAAGACUGGCAAGUUUCAGUUUCGGGGCAGCGGUGCGACGGGAGAACUCGGCGAGGACUGGGCGACUUUUGCUGUCAUGUGA